AGUCCGCGGCUCCUCUCUACCCCGAGUCCGGAGACUCCGGGUGCUCAUGGCCCACGUCCCAAGCCCCGAGGGCUCCUUCGCGCUGCACCCGGCGGGGACCAGGGGCAGGCUUAGGCGGGUGGCCGCGACCCUGGCGCACGUGUGCGGACUGACCUUGCACAUGAAAAGGUACAUUGAAAAGAGUCGAGCAAAAGAAUGGGCACUAUUUUACUUGAGCAUAAAGAAUCAUUCAGCUAAUGAACUAUUAUUCGGCAUAAGCAAUUAUUCUAAAUAUAACGUGAGCAAAGAUUUUGAAAAGCUGAAAACAUUGUUGUUCAUUCAACCUAAUCAGAGAAGCCAAGAAAAUCUCAGAGAGAUUCAACUAUAUCUAACGAAGAAUAGGGCAUUUCACAGUUUGCCAAAGGAAGUACAGCUCCAACUUUGCCAGACUGCAAUCUAUCAAGAAUUUGAAGCUGGAAGUAUGCUUCUAAGACAAGGACAUGUACCACUUGAAUGCUACCUGAUUCUUGCUGGACAUUUAAAGGUCAUGUCAAGUAAUACCAGCGUGAACCGAAAUACCAACUCUGGAAUUUUAAAUGAGUUUGAAGAAGGUGACUUCAUAGGGGAAACCUGCCUUUUAACUAAUACCAAUCGGCCUGCUUCGUUUUUUUGUAAAACAGAUGUAAAAGUUCUUGUAAUAAGUAAAGAAGAUUUCUACUGUAUUCUUGCACAGAGAGUACAAGAACAAUAUCAAGAAACAUGCAGCUUUCUUGGGAGCCUCCCAUUAUUCUUCUCAUGGCCAAAAGGAAAGAUAGACUUUCUGGUCCACUGUUCUAUACGCCGUUACUACAGGGCUGGAACAACCAUUAUCUCUGACAACUUAAACUCCCACUUUCUUGUAUUCAUCAUAUCUGGUCGUUGUCGGAUAGUUGCUCAGAUGAACUAUGAGGAAGUAUCUGUACGUUCCUGUGUAAUGAAGACAGGUUCCUCCACCCAGAAAAAUGUCCACACUCUUCUUCCACCAAAAGGAACUCCUGCUGUAACUGGAAGAAGUUUAGAAACAUCCACAGUUUCUCCCAAGACUUCAUUCUCAGCUGCUAGGAAAAAAACACUAGGCACCAAGAAACCUCCACUUCAGGGAUCUUCACCAGCAACAGGUUUUGUUGAGAUAAGAGUGCUGGAACAAGGUGACGUUUUUGGGUUGGCAGAAGCAUUGGACAAUUCUUGUGAUCUUCAGGUGUACCUGAUCAGUGAAGGAGUGGAGUGCAUUUUUAUUCCCAAAAGCUUGUUUCUAGCAGAAGCCAGCCCUGAAUGCAGGAGAACUGCUGUAGAGCUGGUGUGUGCGUACCCCGCAGAGGAGGACAUUAGGGAGUGCCUGGCGGAGCGACAAGUGUGGAAUGAGUACAAGGCCAGAGUCUUGGCUCAACAGCUGAAGACAGGAAGCUGACGCCCUGGCUCAGCUCAUUUUUAUUUUUAUAAUGAAAAAUCUUAAAAGAGAUUGAAAGACACAACUGGAAGGAAAUUUUUAAUACGCGCUUAGAAGUGCCUCUGCAGAGGUCAGGGCCUGGCGUUUGUUUAUUGCUUAAAUAAAUGAUGCCACACCCUAACUUGCUCACAGUUCCAGCUGGUAACUUCCUCCUACUGGAAAACAUAAUUGAAACUUGAUAAGAUAUACUGCUGUUUGUCACUGAAAAAGUGUGUUUAAGAUUUAGUUAGUAGAGUGGUAUCAUUUCACACUGGGAAAUUUUCAGCUACUGACUAUGCUGAAAAUUUACUUUCAUUCUCAAAGACCUAAAUUCUAAGCCUUAUUAAAAUAUCCAGUGUCAUUCAUGCUUUGCUUUUAUUCUAUAUUUACAAUAUGAUUUAAUUUUAUUUCAUUUAAUUUGUGUUUUAUCUUUGGGGUAGUCCUUUAAUCUCUUCACAUUGUUUUACCCACCUGAAAUGUAAAGGUAAUAAUAUUUAUGGUUUCCGGUUGUUAUAAGGAUUAAGUGAAUUGUGCACACAAGGCAUUUAGUACAGAG